UUUCGGUCACGUGAUCAAUGUAGUUGCAAAACAAAUCAGCCGUCGAAGUGAAUUUUAAAAGAUAUAUCAAAGAAACUUCAAUUAUAAUUUAUUUAAACAGUCCUUUUUAGAACUACAUGUAACUAAAAUAUUUUAAGCAAUUCCAGUUAGUGAAUGUUAAAAGACAUUUCAAGGAAUUUUCACUUAAAUUUUAGUUAAACAGUCCUUUUUAGAACUACAUUAGAACUAAAGUAAUCGUACUUGUAAAAAAAAGCAAUCACUGCUUAGUAAUGCCAGGUAGAAAUUGCUGUCUUCCACAGUGCACAGUCUCAGAUACAAAUAAGCACAAGGAUAUUGGACUAUUUCAAAUAUCUAUAAGAAAAGAUGAAUAUCAUACCAUUUGGAGGAAAAAGUUAAUUGAUUUUCUUGCUAUUUACCGUCCAUUAGAUGGAUUAUUAAAAGAAAGAAUAACCAAAGGAAAUGUUUAUUUUUGUGAGAAACACUUUUCUCCAGAAGAUAUAGAAUUUACAAAGACUGGAAGAAAAACAUUAAGACUUGGUGUUGUGCCUACCUUAAAUUUACCUGUUAAAUCGCAUCCAACUACUAAACCAACUGAAAGAAGACACUUAAAUAUAGUUAAAGAUAGAACAACAAUAAAUAAAAAUGCCUACAAGCCUGUAUACAAUACUUUUGAAGAGUUUAAAAUGCGUAUUCAAAAGUUAAAGUUGAAUGAGUGGGAAAUUAGUAUUUUUGAUGAAACAGUUUUGUUUAAGCACAUGGAAAAUCCGUUUUUAUUAUCAAAGUUUGAAGUGUUUGUUGACACAAGUUUAGACUAUUCAUGCAUUGUUUUUGGUUGGUCUUUACCAGUCUGCACUGAACUAUAUAAAUUACAUUCAAGAUCUCUAAAAAAUAUAACAAUUUCUUUGCUUCUGCAAGAACUUUUGUCUUAUAAUAUAUGUGAUGGUAUUAGAAACAUAAGUUCUACUGAUUUGCUGUUACAUACAGUGUCAUGUAAAACCAAUUUUAAUCAUAUUAUUGAUGGUUCGCCACCUGAAGUAAAGACUUAUUUUAGAUCAUCUGACUGUUUUGUUUGUGUUAAAGGACAGAAUCAAUGUUUAGCUUGUGAAAACUUUAUUCUGAAAUACGAGUUUGAAAAAACAAAAUUAAAUGUUCCACUUGAGUUUGCUCAGUGCAAUAUGCAAAAUGAUAUAUUGAAUAAAAGCAUUGUAAUUGGUGAAGAAUUAAAAAAAGAUAUUGCAACUGUUAUGGAAUCAAAUGCAGAAAAACUUACACCUUUCUUGAAACUUUUUUGGGAUGAACAAAAAAAAGCUGCCUGUUGUCAUCCAAAUGCUGUCAAGUAUCAUCCUAUGAUAAUAAGAUUUUGUUUGUCACUUUGCAUGAAAUCUGCAUCAGCUUAUGAUGAAUUGAGAUCAUCUAGUAUUUUAACCCUUCCUAGUUCUAGAACUUUAAGGGAUUACAAAAAUGCAAUUAAACCUUCUGCUGGUUUUAACUCCAAAGUUAUAGAAGAACUAAUAAAAACAUCAUCUAAGCUAAAAGAUCAUCAGAGAUUUGUUACAUUAUCAUUUGAUGAAAUUAAAAUUCAAUCUGAUUUAGUAUUUGAUAAACAUUCUGGUGACCUAAUUGGAUAUGUUGAUCUUGGAGAUCCAGAUCUAAAUUAUUGUAGUUUUCCUGAUUUGAACGAGUUAGCAAAACAUGUUUUUGUAUAUUAUGUUCGAGGGUUAUCUUCAGAUUUGAAAUAUGCUUUAGCAUUUUUUGCAACUAAAGAUACAAAUGCCAGUCAGAUUUUCAAAACAUUUUGGGAAGCAGUAUUAGUUCUUGAAGUUAUUUGUAAAUUAUCUGUUGUAGCAUGUGUUUCUGACGGUGCGUCUGCAAAUCGAAAAUUUUAUAAAAUGCAUGAAUACAUGGAUAACUGUAUUGAUGAAGAUUUAGUGUAUCGCACCGUGAACAUUUAUGCACCCGAAAGAUAUAUUUGGUUUUUUGCAGAUGCUCCCCAUUUGAUGAAGACAUUAAGGAACUGUAUAUUUAAUUCUGGAAAUGGAAAAAAAUCUAGAUUUUUGUGGAAUAAUGGAAAAGAAAUUUGUUGGACUCAUAUUAAAAAAAUUGUUGAUGAUGAAUUGAGUAGAGGUUUAAAACUGAUACCAAAGUUAACUAUGGCACAUGUUGAUCUUAACCCUUAUUCAGUUAUGAGAGUUAAUUUAGCAUGUCAGGUUUUGAGCAAAUCUGUUUCAAAUAUAAUUUUUUCUUAUUAUCCGCAAGAAAUGCAUGCCACAGCAGAACUUUGCUAUUAUAUGGACAGUUUUUUUGAUUGCCUGAAUGUUCGUAAUCAAUCUGAAGGAACAAACAAGCGUAAAGAUUUUUUAAAACCUUUUACAAGCAUUAGUGAUCCAAGAUUUUUUUGGUUAAAAAACUGCUUCUUAAAAUAUUUUGAAAAUUGGAGGCAAAGUAUCUCAAUAAGACAAGGUUUUUCGGAUAGUGAUAAAGAGAAAAUGUUUAUAUCAUCACAAACAUUUGAAGGUUUGAAGAUCACCUCCAAAUCAGUUAUUGAAGCCACACAGUUUUUAUUAACUGCUGGUAUGCCAUUUGUUUUAACAGAGAAGUUUAACCAAGAUGUUGUUGAAGAAUAUUUUGGACGACACCGAAGUAUGGGUUUCAGAAACGAAAAUCCAAAUGUUUAUCAAUUUGGUUAUCAGUCUAAUGCUAUUAGAAUGCAAAGGUCAGUUGUUCCUGUAACAGGUAACACUAGAGGCAAACAAAAAAGAUACAUAUCAUGGGAUAAAGUUGAUGAUGAGUUGAUACAAAAAAGAAAAUAAAUUUUUUAAGUAAACAGAACUCAUAUGCAAAUCAUAUCACAAUAUACAAUAUCAA